AUGGAGGCCGUUCUCUGCAAGCGGGAGAAUGACCCCAAGCCCAGCGAAGCGGCGGCGGCGGAGGGACAGCGGCAGCCGGAAUCCAGCCCCCAGGGCGGCUCAGGCGGCGGCGGCGGCAGCCCCGGCGACGCGGACACAGGGCGCCGGCGGGCUCUGAUGCUGCCCGCGGUCCUGCAGGCGCCAGGCAACCACCAGCACCCGCACCGCAUCACUAACUUCUUCAUCGACAACAUCCUGCGGCCCGAGUUCGGCCGGCGAAAGGACGCGGGGACGUGCUGUGCGGGCGCGGGAGGAGGAAGAGGCGGCGGCGAAGGCGGCGCGGGCGGUGCCGAGGGAGGCGGCGGCGCGGGUGGCGCCGAGCAGCAGCUCUUGGGGUCGGGCGCCCGGGAGCCCCGGCAGAACCCGCCCUGUGCGCCUGGCGCGGGCGCGCAGCUACCCGCCGGUGGCGCCGACUCUUCGGGCGACGGGGAAGGCGGGUCCAAGACGCUCUCGCUGCACGGUGGCGCCAAGAAAGGCAGCGACCCCGGAGGCCCCUUGGACGGGGCGCUCAAGACCCGCGGCUUGGGCGGCGGCGACCUGUCGGUGAGCUCGGACUCGGACAGCUCGCAGGCCAGCGCCAACCUGGGCGCGCAGCCCAUGCUCUGGCCGGCCUGGGUGUACUGUACGCGCUACUCGGACCGGCCCUCUUCAGGUCCCAGGUCUCGAAAACCAAAGAAGAAGAACCCGAACAAAGAGGACAAGCGGCCUCGCACGGCCUUCACCGCCGAGCAGCUGCAGAGGCUCAAGGCCGAGUUCCAGACCAACAGGUACCUGACGGAACAGCGGCGCCAGAGCCUGGCGCAGGAGCUCAGCCUCAACGAGUCGCAGAUCAAGAUCUGGUUCCAGAACAAGCGCGCCAAGAUCAAGAAGGCCACAGGCAACAAGAACACGCUGGCCGUGCACCUCAUGGCGCAGGGCCUGUACAACCACUCCACCACCGCCAAGGACGGCAAGUCGGACAGCGAGUAGGGCGGCGGGCGGGUGCCGGAGUCCGGUCUCAGCCGCACUGAACAAUGCAAUAAUUUAAAAUCACGCUAAAGGGCCAGUGUAUAAAGAUUAUACCAGCAUUAAUAGUGAAAAUAUCGUGUAUUAGCUAUGGUUCUGCAAUAUUCUAUUGUAUAUAUAAUUUACAGGUGGUAUAAAAUCCAAAAAUCUGACUAUAAAAUAUUUUUUGAGUUUUUUGUGUUUAUAAGACUAUGCUAAUUUUAUUUUUCUUUUUUUCAAAGUGGGCUGCUUAGGGUUUCAUCUUUUUUAAUCCCCUAAGCGCCAUUAUAGGACAUCGGACACUUUUUUUUUAUUAUUUCAAAAGAA